AUGGCAGCUCUAGGAGAAGAUGGUGACUUUGCAGGAAAGCUUAGGCUUCCUCUCCCAGACAACUUUUCCGGUCAGCCUGCAGACUGGGAAGAAUGGUCAUGGAACUUUAAAGCGUACAUUUCGAUGUUCGAAGCAGGCGCAGUGACUUUGCUCGACAAUGCCGAAGCUUUGACAACCGAGUUCACAGAUGCACACCUUGAAGUAACUUUGGACACAGGUGAUGUGGAUGUUGAUGCAACGCGUAGUCACUUUGCUAGCAAGUGUCCGCUGAACAGAGUGAAUGCUGUUGAGGGAGAAGAGAGUGAACUUUACGGUCUCCAGGAAGAAGAGUCUUACUUUGGUGAGGCCCCUUGGGACGACUGGUCUGAGUGGACAGUCGGGGCACUUUUCGAUGAGAGUUGGGAGUCAUGGGAUGACUCACUUUGGGAUUCCUCGUGGGAUUCCUGGGACUGGUAUUCGUAUCAGGACUUUGCAGGUUGGAAUGAGUGGUGGCCUGAAGCCACCUCCUCAAAGGAGACUUUGUCACCGCAACAACCUCAGAAGCGUAAGGAAGAGUCAACUUUGCAGCAUGGAGCCCAGCAGGCUCCAGUUUCAGCUGUCACUGUGACAGCCCCUCCAGGACUUUCCAAGGCAGCGCCCAAACCUAAGGCCAAGAGCUCACUUUCCCCGAGCUCUUUCUUGAUGUCAGCACUCGUGCUUGGCAACUUUGGUGUUGGUCAGUCGUUUGGUUUUGAAGGCAUGUUGACUGGUGAUGUUGACUUUUCGUAUGGCGAGAAGCGUGCGACCUUUUCGUCGGUUGGCAUGGCGCCGUUGGAAACCUUUUCGCUGAAUCGAAACGACUCGGUGCCUCAGAAACUUUUCAGUGUGUACGAUCUUGGAGUGUCGAACCUGAACACGACAUUCCGGGAUCAUGCUUUGGAGGAACAUUUGGUUGCAGCCACCUUUGACGAGAAUGAGCCCUGGAUACUUUUUGAUUCAGGAGCAGCGACCCAUUGCUGUCCUCAGGACUUUGCUUCGGAGUGGAUGAGUUUGUUGAAGUUUGCAACCUUCUUCACGACUCCAAUGAACAAGGACCAUUCCGCAGAGGACACUUUCCGUCUGCGUUUGGCGCAGGCCGCUUCGGGCACUUUGCCUGACUUCCAGAAGGCCCUGGUGGAACAGCUUUCGGAGAAGGACCCUGCAACUGGAGAAGCCUUCACGCACGACCGUUGGCUGAACUUUCAGUUGUUUUGGGUUCGUGUUCACUACGUGUCUCGGAACACCUUGUAUGUGCCAGAAGACCCGCACUUUGAAGAAGAGUUGGGCAAUGCGCGCAUGACUUUGAUCAUGCGUCCUGAUGCAGAGCCAACGUGGCAUUUUGACUUGUGGCGCAAACACGGCGCGCAGGAAGUGACGCAAGACUUUGUUGGCGCUACUUGUUUUGAGAAGUUGCCACUUGAAGCCUUUGAAGCAGAGCCAGCUCAGCCAGAGUACUUGGCUCAGAGGCCGAAGGGCUUGAAGCAGCCCGGCGAGCCAACUUUAACAGAAAGGCUGGAGCAUGAGCUCACUCACUUGCCGUUCAAGCCGUGGUGUGCAAUUUGUUUGAAAGCUAAGAGCAGGCAGGCUCACAGUAAGAAACUUUCGUUGAGACAGCCCGUCCUGCAGAUGGACUUUAGCUUUCUUUCAGAUAAGCCUGGUGAGGAACAGGUCACCAUACUUAACGUUGUCGAUGUUCUCUCGAACAUGGCACUUUCAGUGGUGAUUCCCACAAAGGCUCGCACACCGUACUCCCAUGCAGAGUUGAGACGCUUUGUUCUAGAAACCGGACGUACUUUCGGAAUCUUGCAAUGCGACCCAGAGCCAGCGUUGAAAGCCAUCGCGGAAGCUGUAACAGGCGAAGUCGGUGGACUUUCCUUGCGGAGUACCCCGACAGGCUGGAAGCAAGCUCAGGGUUCCGUUGGAAACAUGCAAGCAACUUUGUAUGGACAGAUCAAGGCUUUGCGGCUUGAGCUUUUGCAGCGUUACCAAGUUGAUCUGUCGGUUCACUCAGCGCUUUUCACUUGGCUUGUGCGCCACGCGCAGUGGCUUGUCAACCGUUACCUUUGCAACGCUGCUGGCACUACUGCUUUUGAGAGACGCUGGGGAAAGCGGUACAACGGCUUCAUAUGCCGCUUUGGAGAGACCGUACUUUUCCGAAAACAGCGUGUCAACAAAGGCAAGCCGGCUUUUGAGCGUGGCAUUUGGCUUGGUAAAGACACAGAGUCGGAGCAACACUUUGUCGCUGACUCUCGUGGGGUUUACAAGACGCGUUCCUUGAAACGCCUCCCCCCCACCCAGCAGUCUGACGCGGCACUUUUGCAGUCGGUUACCGCGCGUCCUUGGGACCCAACCGGUGCAAAGGUGGAAACGGACUCCUUCAUCUUUCCGAUGCAGCAGUCCGAGGAGGCGACAAACCCAGCUUUGCCACCGUCUGGGCCACUUUCUGGUCCUCCUGAAAAAGGCAAUGAUGUGCCAAACUAUGAACUUUCAGACCCAGAGUUGGAAGAAGCUUUGGGCUUAGAUGGCACAGAGCCUGUUCCGGCUCGUGACGAUCUUUCGGACCUUCCGGAAGAUUACUUUUCUGAUGUAGAGCAAGAACCGCCCUUGCCUCCGCCUGAGUUUGAGCCUCCACGCUUGACUUUGGAUGAGCAAACUGCAAAUGCAGCGCAAGCAAGGUCGAGUACAGACGCAGCUUUGCCUCAGCCCCCUGGUUCGAGGCCGCGACUUUCUGACGAGUCGCCCGCGUCACCGACCAAGCGUAGCACAGAGACUUUUGACGUUGGAACGACUAAGGUGCAGAGGAUCAACGCGGUGACUUUCUACAGCGGUAGGAAGCGCAUACCCAAGCCACUUUGUUACCUUCGUGUUGCUGCAGUCACAACCAAGAACGACCUUGAAGUUCCUGUAGCAAUAAACCAGGAUGAAAAAGAACUUUUGCUGAUGAAGACCCUGGAAAACCCGUACUUGUGGUAUGAAACCGAGUUUCCGCUCGUUGAAGAAGUAGAAGGGAUGAAAAAGGAGAUGAAGUCUAUGACGACUUUCGAUGUUUUCGAAGAAGUUCACUACAAGGACAUUCCCCAAGCACUUUUAGACAAGGUCAUUUCGACGCGGUGGGUUAAGGUCCGCAAGUCCGACGGCACUGUGCGCUGUCGACUUGUAGUUCGAGGCUACACGCAAGAAGUCAAUGACAAGGAUGAGACUUUCGCCUCGACGCCUUCGCUCACCACCUUGAAGCUUUUACUCACUUUGGCUGUAGCCAGAGAUGUCGAACUUUCGGUUGCGGAUUUGCAGAAAGACCUGUUGUUGAAGAUGACAGGCACUUUGGACGAAGGUCAAUCGGUGACUUUCCUUGGCCGUGAGCUUCAAAGAACGAACGACGCCAUACUUGUUGGCAUGAACCCUGCGUACAUUGAUCGUAUGCUUGAGACGGCGGGACUUUCAGGUUGUAAGCCAGUCCUUGCUCCGGGCACAGACACUUUGCGAAAGCAGUUGAAUGUUGAGCCUCUGGACGCGGAAGCGCACAAGCGCUACCGGCGCAUCGUAGGCCAACUUUUGUGGCUUUCGAGUGUACGCCCAGACAUCAUGUAUGCAGUAAAGGAGCUCAGUCGAGGACUUUCUGCCCCGACCUCAGAGCAUGAAGCCAAGGCCAAGCACCUUUUGAAGUACCUUGCUGGUACGAAGAACUUUUCGCAACGUCUUCAACCUACCCUACAACUUUCCCCACAACGCAAAGCCAUAGACAUCAACAUUUACGUAGAUUCCGAUUGGGCUGGCUGCGCAGACAGCCGUAGAUCCACUUCGGGUGUGUCACUUUUCAUGUUGGGUGCGAACAUUUUGUCGCACAGUAGGACGCAAGCUACGGUAGCACUUUCGAGUGGGGAAGCCGAGCUGUACGCAAUAGGCUCAGGAACCGCUGAUGCACUUUUCCUGAAGUCUCUGAUCGAGGAGGCGAAACUUUUCCCGAAAGCAAACCUUUGUAUCUGGACCGACUCCAACGUUGGUAAAAGCAUAGUUUCGCGCUUUGGGGCAUCCCGUAAGACGAAGCACGUGGAGCUUCGCUUUCUUUACGUUCAAGAACUUGUUGCCUCAGGUAUGGUGCGUGUAAAGAAAGUGUUGGGAACUUUGAACCCAGCUGAUAUCUUGACGAAGUAUGCGAUGGAUCGCUUUACACCAGCUCAGAGCCGUGACGUGGACUUUAGCACGUAUCGCACGUGGCUGAGUCUGCAGCUGGUUCUUGAAACCUUGUGGAAUGGGUUGCAGAAGGAGCAACUUUAUCUGCCACUGUCAUCGCCGGCGGAAAUGUUUCAGAAGCUUUAUCCUUUGAUCCAGUAUGCGGCCACUUUGGGACUUUAUACACCUCCUGAGUUGGAGGUGCUGCAGAGGACUUUUGUGGGGUUCUGGACACCGGAACGCCCCACUUUUCGGCAGGAUUGGGUUCCUUUUCAGCUGUGGCUUACUCUACCUACAGGACUUUGGUUGACGGUUGCAUCUGCAGCUCAGAGGUCAGGAAACUUUGUCUUGCCAUCUGCAGCAAUGGUGGGAACUAUGGUGGAUUGCCUGAACCUCACUUUGUCUCCGAGAUCGUCACUUUUAUUUUGGUCAUUUGGACUGUCUAUCUCCUUGCAACAGGGACUUGAUCGUGUGACUUUUAUGCCAGGAGAGCAGUUGAUCACGAUUGGAGUCCGACUUUUGCUACAAGACUUUACUCGGUUAAUCACCAUCAAUGGAAAUCGUCUAUGGAAUAGGCGAUAUGUGGAUUACUUUCUCAAAGUUCAGAGCCUGAACUUUAUGUGGGAGCCUACUUGCCGAACGAUUGUCACUUUGUUGCACCGCAUUCACCCGUACGAGCUUUGUGACAAUCUCAACACCUACUUUGACAGGCCUGACUGCAGGCACUCGCGCCUUAUGCACCUCCCACUUUUAUCUCGGCUGUACCAAGAGCUCUCAAACUUUCCAGACGAGGGCGUUGCGCCGAUGCACUUGGAUAUCCCCACUUUGCGUCGUGGCUCCAGGAUGUGA